AUACAGCAGCACCACCCGCUGGUUGUUUAGUGGAUACAUGGAGUGGGAGAGGGCACUUCCUUUAUUGCAGUCUGCUUUGCACUCAGACGUCUGUUUGUAUCUAAUGUAAAAUAGCCAAUUAAACCAUGAAUCCCUACCAGAAUAUUCCUAAUAUGAACACUUCACAGUCAGCAGUCAAGGGGAUUCUUCGAGUCGGUCGGUUCAGUGAACAACAACAACAACCUAGCAGCAGAAUACCUGGAGGCUUUAAAGAAAGAAUGAUUCACGUUCCAAUGAGAGGCGCAGCCGAGCCCAAGAGUAGCAGCACAUCUGCUCAGGCGACGGGGGGAAAGGGAGCUCAGACUCGGCCAGCCCAACAGCCUCGUUGUAAAUGGAAGAAUUCAUUCAAACCAAUUGAUCAGGAAAAUCCUGAAGAUGAAUCACAGGAGCAAAGCAGUGAAGAAAGGGAUGAACUUUACGAGCACUUUGAUCCACCUGAAUUGGAAGACAAUGACAGUUUAUGGGACACAGACUGCGAUGCCCCGCCUGAGCAGGAUGACAACCUCGAGUGGCAGCGUUUGUCUCCGGACAGAACCUGCCGUGCCAACCCUCCGUGGCAGUUGGGGCAACCAUUAGACAUACAUGACUUCAGCCCAGAGAGCAGACCCAGCGAGAGCUGCGUUGAUAGUCCGGGUCCUUGUCAGCUAUCUGAGGGACUGGCGUACAGCCCGAACAUGAAAUCGAUGGAGCCUCUGGGUUAUGGAUCUACUCGUAGAUCUUUCACCCCUGAGAGGCGUGUUGACUGCUCAUCUAGUCAACAGUAUUCUGUCUCUUUUGAAGAAGAGAGGACCAACGGAGAAGAGGAGAUGACCAGGCCUGAAUACAGACGCACGAUGGUCCCACGUGUUAGAUUAUCCUCGCCCAUGUUGCAGCGGGACUACGAAAUGGAGGAGCCCGUACAAGCAGGUUGCACUGGGGCAGCAACUCACCAAAACCAGCAGACGCAGGUUGAUCCACUUAAUAAUAUGAUCCCACGUGUUCGAUUAUCCUCACCCCCGUUGCAGCGGGACUAUGAAAUCAAGGAGAAGACCAUACACGCAGGUUGCACUGGGGCAGCAACCCACCAAACCCAGCAGAUGCAGAUGAUCCCACGUGUUAGAUUAUCCUCGCCCCCGUUGCAGCAAGACUUCGAAAUCGAGGAGCCCGUAAAAGAAGAACCGGAGCCCAGUGCACUGGCAAAAAGGAUAAAAAGAAAAAUGAGAAAAUCUGUACGAAUGGACCAGAUAACAAUCAACUGUGACCUAUGUGACAUCGAAGUGAGCAAUGGGCAGGAGCUGAAGAAACACUUGGAAAGCAAAAUUCACUGGGACACCAUGGAGCACAUCCAGCAGCACAAUACUUAUGAUGAUAUGUCCAUAGCCUUCCUGCAGGAUGUCAUGCUGUAUAAGAGUAUGAAGUGCAGCCGAGCCGUCGAUUAUCGUGGGCUUCAAGCUCUGCAAGAGAACGACCACAUGACAAAGGUGUCAUUGUUGCACUGUGCAGCGUGCCAGGUCCUCGUAUCAACAUCGGCGGCGGCCGUGCAGAAUCACAUUACCUCUCCAGAACACCUCUCCAACACGAAGGAAUUUGAAGCACAACGGAGACGCGCUUCACUUGACAAAGCAGAUACCAUCAUGAAAGAGUUGCGGCCUCAGUUUGAGAAUUUCAUCAAGGGUUUCAGCCACUUUGAAUGAAAACGGCCCUCGAAAGAUGAUCAACACAUGGUGCUAUUUGCCACAAGUAAACAACAAACUUCCACCAUCAUAACCACAUACAACUCAAGACUUUAAUUACAAACUCUGAGCCUUUCAGGUAAAUAAACUAAUUUGUUUUUGUUUCAUUUUUGUUCAUCCGCCUGAGCCGACCUUCAUUGGAGGAAAAAAAAACAUGAAUGAGGCAAAGUCAAGUUGUGCGUUUUUUUUAAUUUUAUUUAGAACACAAAUGUUUUCAGCCUUGUAUUUGUGAUAUAAUACAUUUCAAAAUAAAAUUAUUUAAAAACUGUA